CUGUGGGGCUCUCGGUGUUGUGCUGUGAGCAGGAACUCCCUCUCGCGGGGGAACCCCUGUGUUGGUUACAUUGGCUGGAAUUGUUACAUUGGCUGGAAUUGUUACAUUGGCUGAAAUUGUUACAUUGUAGUCACGCGCUCCCGGGACAACAUUCCAUUGGAACUCGGUGUUGGCGGCCGCUGUUGUGGUAACCGUGGUCUUGUUGGAGCAGGAAUGAGUUCUGAGAUUGAGGAGCAGGUUUUGCUUGAAGCUGAGGAACAGUUACUUCAUCAGGCUCGAAAUGGCGUCUUGGAAGAGGUUAAGCAGCUGCUGGAUCGGAGGAAGCUUGAAAAGCUAGCUUUCAAUAUUAACUGCAAAGGUCGGAGCAAGUCAAAUUUUGGUUGGACCCCUCUCCAUCUUGCCUGCUAUUUUGGACACAAAGAUGUUGUGGAGGAAUUAUUGAAGGCUAAUGCAGAUGUGAAUGUGGCCAAUGAUGUUGGUGACACCCCGCUCCAUCGAGCAGCUUUCACAGGACGGAAGGAGCUUGUUCUGCUGCUGCUGCAGUUUGAUGCUGAUGCUGCCGUCAUCAACGGAGAUGGACAGACCCCGAGGGCUGUCACUCAGGACCAGGAAAUCCGAAGCAUGCUGGAAGCUGCUGAAAUAACACAGCAGAGGAAAUCGGAGGAGCUGCUGUUGACUGCUGCACGAGAAGGGGAUGUGACAGGAAUAAUUGUUUUGCUUAACAAGUCGAAUCCACCCAACAUCAACUGCGUUGACAAGCUGGGGAAUACUCCGUUACACUGCGCGGCUUAUCGAGGGCAGAAACCGGCUGCCAUUAAACUUCUCAAAUGUGGCGCUGAUCCCAGUAUCAGGAAUAACAACGACCAAGUACCAUUGGAUCUGGCUCGAGGGACAGAAAUCAGACAAAUCCUCAGUGGAAAAUCAAGCAAGGGUAUGUACAAAAAGGUGCACAGAUUUGAAGGACCGCUUCUUAAGCGUACCCGGUUUUUUGGCUGGAAUAUGGUUUGGGUGGUUUUGGAACACGGAGUAUUGUCAUGGUUUCACAAUCAGUCAGAUGCGAAAGCUGAUGUUUUCCGACAAGGUUGCAAGAAUCUAACACAAGCUGUUUGUACAGUUAAAGGUGCCGAGGCGAGAGUCCUUUCAAUCAAGUGCUUUGAUGACAGUAUCCACAUCUUUAAAGUGCACCCGAAAGGUGUUCCUGCUCAAACAAGUAAAAAAUGGCUUCAGUCAGUAGAAGAACAUUCUGCCUACAGCACUCACUACUGCUCCCCCGAUCAGUUCAGUGAUGACAAUGAAGAUUUAGCAUCUGUUGAGUCUCUUCAGGAGUCAUUUCAGACUGUACAAACCAGCCAGCAGAAGCUUGAGAAGGAAGUUUCAAAUUUAUUAAGCAUGAUUGAAAGCCCUGGAAUUGCAAAAGGAUUACCUCCCCGACUAUUACAGAAGGUGAAAGAUGUAACCGAGUUAUCCAGAACUGCAUGUAUUACACUCAGCAAUUGUGUUCUUUUCAUCUCAAAGCAAGAAGCGGUGCGUAAUCUGCGAUUAGAGCAGGAGCAAGAGAAAAACAAAAUACUUUCAGAAGCUUUGCAAACUCUGGCCUGUGAACAUCAUGAACUUGAACAGUCUUUAGUCAAAGGGUCCCCUCCCCAGAGUGUAUUGAGUGAUGAUGAAUUCUACGAUGCUCUUUCAGAUUCUGACUCUGUGGACUCUCUGAGUGGAUUUGAAACUGUAACAAGCCAGUCAGCAGAGGACGAGCCUUUGAACUGCAGCAAUUGUGAGAGGUCAAGUAUGUCCGAGCAGGAAAAGCAUCUGCCACAAGCCAAUGGAAUCACAAAGUACAGAACAAGCUUGCCAGCUCCAAUGUUUUCUAGAAAUGAUUUUAGUAUAUGGAGUAUAUUGCGUAAAUGCAUUGGAAUGGAGCUAUCUAAGAUUGCUAUGCCUGUUAUUUUUAAUGAGCCACUUAGCUUUCUCCAGAGACUUACAGAAUACAUGGAACACACAUAUCUCAUCCAUGAAGCUAUUAGCUCCCGUAAUUCAUUGGAGCGAAUGCAGUGUGUAGCAGCAUUUGCCGUUUCAGCUGUUGCAUCUCAGUGGGAAAGAACAGGAAAACCAUUUAACCCACUCCUUGGAGAGACGUACGAAAUGAUUAGGCAGGAUCUGGGAUUCAAGCUUAUAUCUGAGCAAGUUAGUCACCAUCCUCCCAUCAGUGCAUUCCAUGCUGAAGGAUUUUCUCAAAACUUUGUUUUUCAUGGAUCCAUAUACCCAAAACUCAAAUUUUGGGGGAAGAGUGUGGAAGCAGAGCCAAAAGGAACUAUGACAUUGGAGCUUUUAAAGCACAAUGAAGCUUACACUUGGACAAAUCCGACUUGUUGUGUCCAUAACAUUAUCGUUGGUCAGCUUUGGAUUGAACAAUAUGGAAAUGUUGAAAUAAUUAAUCACAAAACUGGGGAAAAAUGCAUUCUGAAUUUCAAGCCAUGUGGCCUUUUUGGUAAAGAGUUGCACAAAGUUGAAGGUUACAUUCAAGACAAAAGUAAGAAGAAGCUCUGUGCUGUUUAUGGAAAAUGGACAGAGUGUCUGUGGGCAGUUGACCCCAGUACAUUUGAUGCCUACAAAAAAAAUGACAAGAAAAACUCAGAGGAAAGGAAGCUGAGCAAAACACCAGUCGCUUCAGAGAAAUCGCAACCAGAUGAAAUGCCACUGCCUGACAAUUCUGAAAGUGUACAAGUUAUACCAGGGAGUCGCCUGCUUUGGAAGAUAACACCUAGACCACCAAACUCACAACAGAUGUACAAUUUCACCAACUUUGCCAUGUCACUGAAUGAGCUGGAUAAAGAAAUGGAGAGCCUUAUCGCACCCACUGAUUGUCGAUUCAGACCUGACAUUAAAGCAAUGGAAAAUGGUGAUAUAGACUUAGCCAGUGAAGAAAAGAAGAGAUUGGAAGAAAAACAACGAGCUGCUCGCAAACAACGAGCCAAAACAGACAACGACUGGAAAAACAAGAACCAAUUGGCAGAGGGUCCCAGGUGGUUCCAUCAAGGACCCAACCCCCACACUGGUGCAUCAGACUGGCUGUACUCAGGAGGCUACUGGGAUAGGAAUUACUCACACUGCAGUGAUAUUUAUUAAGUCACAAGGGAGAACUAGCCAGCCAGUACCUCUGACUUCUAAGAGCAAAUUUCAGGGCAUAUAUUAUUUCGUGACUUUUUAAAAAAAACAGCAAAACCUCAACCAAUGUAAAUUUAGUCCUGUUUGAGUUCUUUGAGAGCUUUCUCAUGUUAAAUACUGCCAAGAAUGUAUGAAAUAAGUCUCUUAAUCAGAGUAUCACUGAUAAACGUCUUUUCUCUCUUCCAAUUGUUGCACAUUCGUUGAAAACUAUUUUGGAAGUGCCCAACAAUGGAACUCUUUACCCACCUCUGGCAGUUUACUUGUAAGGUAAUAGGGGGCAUAAAACCGGCCGUUGUAUACUUUAAGAUGGUUUAUGAUAAGGGACUAAGAUAAACAAUUUGCACUGGAAAUAAGUGGGAAUAACACCAGCAGUUGAAUUCCUACAAGCCACUUAUUGUAUGGCACUAAGAUAAGCUACUUCUACACAAUCAUGCUAUCCUUUAAUUUAUGUUCCUCAAAAACCUAAUCAUUUAUCACUAUGCUACAGUAUUUUAACUAUAGGUAAGUUUUGUUUAGACCCAUUAUAGAGCUAGAUAAGAACUGUGCCUAUAAAAUGGCAAUCUCUGUGCUGUUUUAUAAACAGUCUUUGGCCCCAUUAAAAUUCAUAGGAAUUGUAUAAGGUAUCCAUUAGUUGAAAAUAUAUUUCUAUGCACUUUGUUUCCUUAGAGUAUAAGUUCAAUUCCAAUAUCAGGUUACCACUGAACAGAAAUAUCUCUGUCAGAAAUGCAUUUAGGAGGAGUAUUUUGUCACUUGUGCAACAUAUUUCAUCCUAUUUAGAGUCAUUGGUGAUCUUAAUACUUAUCAGGGUUUUUUUUGUUUUGUCUUAUUUAAUGUGUGUCUUUGUUGCAUUUGACUUGUGUGUUUCCUUCAAGUGAUUAGUUUUGUUCAGGAGUUUGAAAGACACAGCAAGCUUUGUGAACCUUGUUUGGAAAAACUGUAUAGCUAAAAGUGUAAAGUAAAUUCUGUAAUUAUUUGUACAGUAAUCAGAGCUUAAGUUCUAGAAAUCUGGAAAUUUUAAAAAAAACUUAGGUUGAAUAUAUUUGAGCUACAAUAUUUGAAGUUGUGAUCAGUUGUACGAGCGAAGAUUACCAAUUGUGGAAAACACUCCCAUUGUAAAUUCUUAAUUCUCGUCACUUAAGAUUUCCAAUUUAUCUGGCCUUUGCAAAAUUAUAUUAACUUACUAUUUAUUAACUGUUUUCUACUCCAGGUAUGACACUUAACCCUCUAUAGCAACUGGCAAUGGGAGUAGUUUUCUGUUCAAAUACAUGAGCUUCAAAUGUGAAAAGCUGGAAUUCGUUAACUAAAUUCUCAUAAAUCUCAAAUAAAUUUAAGUAAUAUUUUGCAAUUAUGAUGCAUUGCAAUUUGAAAUUGUUUUGGAUUCAGUUAAACUCUUGAUUGGAUUGAAUGCACACUUGGUAUUUCACCAUUUCCAGUUAGAAUGUCUUUAUCUCUUAAUUUCUCCAAAGCUUCAAAUUGAAAUCAAUCUCUUAUAUCUUAUCUCAGCUGUUACCAAUUGUCAAAAGUGGUGUGUGUAUUGCACAGAACUUAUGUAUUUCUAAGAAUAUAUUGCAUAUCUUAGAAGUGAUGGAAAAGCAACACUAAGUUAGAUUUUUAAUACCGCUUUGUCAUUUAAUACAAGAAUACUGAAUGUAAUAUUGCAGCUAAAUAAAGGCUUUACAAAAUGUGUAGAUAUAAA